CUGAACCAGCCUCCAGAGGCGAAUACCCCGAUCGCAGUGAUGCGGGGGGAGGGGUGAUCCUGGCUAUAGGGUCCGGUCUGACCUACCAGAUCCUGCCCAUGGGCAGCCAGGCUGAGGGCAGCAGAACCGGGCACGUCCCUGGGAGUCAGGGCUCCUGGGGAGCCUCGGGGUGUUGAGCACAUGCUGGGGGCUCAGCCCUGGCGACAGCCAGGUAGGUUCCUGGAUACCAGCUCUGGGCGUGGGGAGACUCGGAUGAUCAGAGGGUUCCCCUCACCAGGCCUGUGUUCAGGGCACGGACCCCGACCUCAUCCCCACCUGCAAAGUGCUGAGCUCCCCCGGGGCACUGUGCAAAUAACUAAUAAUACAAUAACCAGCCGAAAUGUACCGGCCACCUGGAGCCGACCGUUCAGGCCUUGGUCUGGGGGAAAGAGCAGGAAGCCGAGGCUGCGGGAGGGCAGGUGAAAUGCCGAGAGAGAAGAGGGAGCGGGGGAAGGACAUGAUCAGGCUGGAGGAUAAAGAGGAGGAGUGUGGCUGCGGGAUGCCAGAUAGGCUGAGGGGUGAGAUGAGGGAGGCUGGAGCGGAGGAGGCCCGGGGAAAUGGGAGGGGUGACCUGGGUGAAUCUGAGUGGAAGGGUUGGAAUCUGGAGCUGGCACAGAGGGAGAACCAGGUGCCUGGAUGAGAGGAGCUGGAGAAGGAUGGGGAGCAGCGUGAGGAAAGACUGGGAACUGGGCAGCCAGAGAUGGGGCUGGGAUGUUGGAGGUCUCCCAAGAGAAGAGCCAUGGGAAACAUCUAGGUAGCACCAUAGCAUUUGAGCACCUUGCCUCUAAUGUGUUUAUCAUUCCCCCACCCCCUGAGAUAAAGAGGUAUUUUCAUCUCCAUUUUUCACAUGGAGGGACUGAAGCCCAGAGAGGCGACGACCUGGAUAUUCCAAGGUAUUUUGGCACCUGACUUCCAUUGAAACAAGACCUUUGAGGAUCUGGGGCUCAGCGUCUUGUCAACAUCACACAGGAGGCUGGCGUGCCCACCAUGGAGAAAUACCACGUGCUGGAGAUGAUUGGAGAGGGCUCCUUCGGGAGGGUGUACAAGGGGCGCCGGAAAUAUAGCGCCCAGGUGGUGGCGCUGAAGUUCAUCCCCAAAGUCGGGCGAUCGGAGAAGGAGCUGAAGAACCUGCAGCGGGAAAUUGAGAUCAUGAGGGGGCUGCACCAUCCCAACAUCGUCCAGAUGCUCGACAGCUUCGAGACCGACAAGGAGGUGGUGGUGGUGACGGACUACGCGGAGGGGGAGCUUUUCCAGAUCCUGGAAGAUGAUGGGAAUCUGCCAGAGGAGCAGGUUCAGGACAUCGCCUCCCAGCUGGUCUCCGCCCUCUAUUACCUGCACUCCCACCGGAUCCUGCACCGUGACAUGAAGCCCCAGAACAUCCUGCUGGGCAAAGGGGGCGUCAUCAAGCUCUGUGACUUCGGGUUUGCUCGCGCCAUGAGCAUCAACACCAUGGUGCUGACGUCCAUCAAGGGCACCCCGCUGUACAUGGCCCCUGAGCUGGUGCAGGAGAGGCCCUACGACCACACGGCCGACCUGUGGGCUGUGGGCUGCAUCCUGUACGAGCUGGUCGUGGGGACGCCGCCCUUCUACACCAACAGCAUCUUCCAGCUGGUCAGCCUCAUCGUCAGGGACCCCAUCAAGUGGCCCAAAGCCAUGAGCCCUUCGUUCAAGAGCUUCCUGCAAGGCCUGUUGAUGAAGGACCCUCGCCAGCGCCUGUCGUGGCCGGAGCUCCUGUGCCAUCCCUUCAUCGCUGGACGGGUCACCAUGAUCGAUGACACAGAGCAACACGGGAUCGCGAACCCCUUCACCAGCAAGCUGCCCCCGGAGCUGCAGGCGCUGAAGGAGAAGCAGGCUCACUCGCUGGCCCCCAGGAGCGGCCAGUCCAAGAUCCUGAGGAAGGCGCGGCAGAAGAUGGCCGAGGAGGCCCGGAAGAAGGAGCAGCUGAAGGCAGACACGCCGUGUAAAAAGGAGGCAGCCAGAGGAGGUCUGGGGCACAAACCCAAAGCAGCCCCUGGGAAGGCCACUCUCAGGGCUGGGGAGCAGGCAGCCCGCGCUCCGGGAUCCCCUCCUGGAGAUAAGACCCAAGCCGUCCUGAGGGAGGAGCCCAAUGAGGCAGAGUGGGAGACAACUGAGCCUCCCCCGACGCCACGGGAGCACCGGAUCACACAGGAUUACGAGCGGGAGUUCCCGGAUGUGGAGAUGGGGGCUCCCGUGCCGGCGCGGGGCAGUGAGGUGGGGCCGCACGGCAGGCGCAGCAUUGAGACCGUGGACCUGGAGAACGAGGAACUGGAUAGUGACGACGAAUGGCAGCAACUGAUCGAGGCCACGGAACCCGCCACCAUGCAGCUGAGCACGUCCCUGAGCCUUCUGGGGGACCCGGCCUUCCUGCAGCGCAUCCGGGCCCGGCUCCAGCUCUCCAGCCAGCAGGUGCUGGAGGGGAUGUUGGAGGGAGCGUCUCAUCUCCGCCCUGCCCUCCGCGUCCUGGGCAACCUGCUUGCCACCGGCUGUGACUCAGAGCUUCUGUGCAGCUUCUGCCGGGCCGCGGAUUUACCUCAGUUCCUGCUGCACAUGCUCGGGCAAAUGCUGCAGAGCGCCAGCAGCAGGCAGCAGCCCUGGUGCAUCACGCUGCUGAUGGACCUGGUUGGCGUGAUAAUGGCCUAUUUCACCAGUGAGUCCCACCUGGAGCAGAGCCGGAGGAGGAGAAGCCUGCAGGUUUUCCACGAGGCGGCUGCCGGCUUCCUCUCCCUGCUGCCCAAGCUGCUGGCCCAGCCAACGGAUGUCGAGACGAGGCUCGGCGAGCAGAGCAGCAUGUGCUUCGCCCGGCUCUGUGAGCACAUGGACGGCAGCAGCCCCUGUGUGUCAGGGCCCUUCUACGCCGGCCUGCUCGCCGAGCAGCGCCCCCUGCUGGACACGCUCCUCCAGGGGGCCACCAUGGCGCAGCCCACCCUGGAAGAGCCAGCACGGGAGGUGAGAGCUGCACGGGAGCAGCGGGAGCGUGGGGCAGAUGUCUUCACAGCAGCACUGGCCGCAGUCUGCAGUCUCCCCGUGCGGCGGAACGGGUGCCAGGAGGCCAAAAAGCAGGUGGCCCAGCAGGUGGCAGAGAAGCUGGCGGAGGAAAACAGCCGGCUGUUAGCGAGGCUGCUGGCGGGACUCGAGCGCCCGGCCUGCUCCCUGAACGUGCUGAAGGUCCUGUAUUCCUGCUGCCACGCCAGUAGAAGCCUGUGCCGGCUCCUGGCAAAGGGGCAGCAGGUGCCGAGCUCCCUGGUGCGGCUGCUGAAGGGCGAGGUCCCGAUGGGGGAGCAGCUGCGGCUGGCAGCCUGCGAGAUGUCGCUGCACCUGCUGGCCCUGCUCACCCUCCAGCUGCAGGCUCUCCCUCCCCGGGUGGACCUGGUGGUGAGCACUGCUGCUGAGCUCUUCACCCAAUCGGCUGUCGUCUCCCUCGUGAGCGCCGCGGGAUUCCUGCUGGCUCAGCUCGGCCAGCACGGUGCAGCCAUCAAGGUGGGGCAUGAGGAGGCCAUGUCGGCCAUGACGAAUGCACUCAUCGCGCCUGCUGAGCUGCACCUGCCCCUACCCCUGGGCGCCGGCCUCUACGAUGGAUUCCUGCUUCUCCUGCUGCAGCUCCUCGCCCAGGGCGACGCGGUGACCGUGCGGGGCUUUGCCGGCUCGGAGCUGUGGAAUGUCGCCUGGCACCGUUUUGCCAUGAUGCUUCGCCUGGCCACCGCCGAGCCAGUGAUGGAGGGCGAGACGCCGCAGCCAGGCCAGCCCGCUCCAGAGCCAGACUGGACCCUCGUCUCCCCUCAAGGCACCAUGCUCUUCCUCAGCCUGGCCCUCUUCGUCUUCACCCGAGAGCCUCACCAGUGCCUUCCUCAGCUUGCCCACCCCGACAGCGUCAUCAUGGCAACCUUCCCCAAGCUGCUGUCCCUCGACUUCCUGAGUCACCUGGCGCAGACGCAGGUGGGGGAGGACGGUGACCCUGAGCUGGUCUCAGCUGUGGUGCUCCAGGCCUGCCAGCUGCUCUGCUUCCCCUUCUCCUUGGACGUGGACACUGAGACCUCCAGGUGGGUCAUGAAGGCCCUGAGAGACACCGAGAUCCCCGCCCAUCUCCUCCAGGUCUGCUGCCACCAUCUGCCCUUGUCAGAGACCACGCUUCCCAUUAGCCUCCUGUGCCACCUCGUCCUGUCUGACAAGCAGGUCAUCGACCAGUUGGUGGGGGUGGCUGCUGUCUCGGACCGCGCCAUCGCCUUCCUGUCGGCCAUCUUGCUUUCGGACAGCCCUCUCCUCACGAUGGACCUCCUGUCCCUCCUGACCCACGUGGCCCGGGCCUGUCCCGCUCACCUGCCUUUCCUCCAGAAGAUCCUGGGCGGCUCGGACUCGGCCUACCAGCUGCUAAGCCACCUGCUGUGCCACCAGGAGCACCCGAUACGCGCCAAGGCCUGCAGCCUGGUGGGCAACCUGCUGCGGCAUGGCCAGGACUUCCCCCGGGCGCUGCGGAGCCAGGCGGGCCUGCUGGAGCGUCUGCUGGAGCGCCUGUCGGACCCGGACGAGAGCGUGCGCAGGUCGGCCAGCUUCGCGGUGGGCAACGCUGCCUACCAGAACGGCUCCCUCCCGCACGCCCUGGGGAAAGCUGUGCCCGGCGUGGUGAGGCUUUUAAGCGACCCCCAGGCCAAAACCCGGUGUAAUGCCGCCUCCACUCUGGGGAACUUGGGCAGGCAGACAGCAGAACUGGGGGACGUGCUGAUCCAGAACAGAGCCCCCCAUCUCCUGCUGGACGUGGCCUGCCAUGACUCCCAGCCAGCUGUGCAGGAGGCAGCUCUGAUCGCACUGCGGUCCAUCAGCCAGCAGCCAAAGAUACAUCAGGUGCUCGUGUCUCUCAAGGCCAGCGAGAAGCUGCUGGCACUUUCCGUCAGCGAAGCUCAGACCAGUUCCUAUGGGAGCCCCCGACCAUCUUCAGCGCAUCACUGCAAGAAGCUGAUCCACCUUCUGCGCCCAACACACAGUGCCUGAGAACAGCAGGUCUCUGCUCUGGGAGAGACCAUUCCGCCCGCCUCUUGAGGACGACACUUAGUGCCCGAACUCUGUCCAGAAACAGAGGCCACCA